CAUUCGACAGUGAGUAAGUGAACAGAAACAAUGAAGCUGGAAUAUGCAUUACUUUUAAGUGUGUUAUUGCACAUGGCGAACUGUGCAAUUGACUUUACUGAUUGUGGAACAAUAUUAGAAGUAACUGAUGUAAAAUUCGGUGAUUGUACACAAACACCUUGCAGAGUUGAACGGAAUUCUGAAGUAUUGGUCGAAAUUGAAUUGAGUCGAAUAUCUCAUGUUCCACCAGUGAAAUCUGUGACUGCAGCUGCUGAAAUUGUCCAAUUUGGCAUUUCGUGGGAGUUAGAGAUAUCCCCCAGCGAUACGUGUACGACAUGGAAAUGUCCACUAGAAGAUGUAAAUCAAUAUUUAUUUAAUGGAACCGUUUCUUUUAAAUCUAUUAGCUUUUGGAGACCAGGUGAAGUGGUAGUUAAGACUCUCAAUACAUUGGAACCUGAUGGAGAUCCCAUAUUCUGCGCCAGUUGGGAAAUUAAUUUUAUUUAGUAUUACUGAGAUUUUAGAAUUAAAAUAUUUAUUAAAAAUAUUAUAUUU